AGUACCAAACUAGCCAGCACACGAUGAGCUUCGAGUACAGUGAAAUUACAGAUCCGAUCUAUCUUGCGACUCGGCAGGAACGGAACGAGCCAAACUAUGUUCUAGUGAGGCCUACGGAUUGCUCCAGGAUUCCCAUCCGGGAUCCUCGUUGGAAGCCGAAACCAAGCUGUCUUACAGAAGCUUUUAAAUCGCUGGACAACGAUUUACGAACGCUGGAAAUUCUUCCGGACGAUGUUUGGGUGGCGUCGUAUCCGAAAAGUGGAACUACCUGGUGCCAGGAGAUGGUUUGGCUGAUCUGCAACGACAUGAACUACGAACGAGCUGCGGAAGUAGAUUUGAUGCAGCGAUUUCCCUCAGUGAACAUAAGCGGACUCUUCAGUCACCCCGGUAAGCAUCGUCCUUUCAAAACAGUUCGGGAAAUGCCCUUGCCUCGGUUCAUAAAGACACACGUGCCCGUGGGACUUCUUCCGGAAGCAAUUUGGACUGUAAAGCCAAAGAUUGUGUACGUCCAUCGGAAUCCCAAAUCGAUCGCAGUGUCCUUCUAUCAUCAUUCAGCCUCGUUCACCGGAUACAAGGGAUCUUUGGAGGAUUUCACCCGCUCCUUCAUGCGAGACCUUCAACUAUACUCUCCCUACCAUGAGCACGUUAUCGAGUACAACCAGCUGAGUCACCUUGAUAACGUGCUAGUUUUAAAGUAUGAAGAUAUGAAGCAGGACUUACUUCCAGUUCUAAGAAGAGUCUGCAAAUUUUUCAACAAGUGCUACAGCGACGAACAGUUGGUAACAUUGUCCAAACAUCUAUCCUUCGAAUCAAUGAAGGACAAUCCGGCGGUUAACUUUAGCCGAACGGUGGAUCCGCGAACCGGUUUGAGGGUACCUUCAAUGGACGCUCUCCCAGAGAAUAAACGAUUCAUGCGCAAAGGUAAGGCAGACAGUUACAAAGAUGAACUUUCCCUCGAAUUGCAAAAAGAGAUCGAAGAAUGGACACAAACUAAGGUUAAAUCUUCAGAGCAACUUAAACUAUUUCUGUAAUCCUAAG